CGACAACAGACGGUAUCGCUGUCAGCCACACGCAUCAAUAUCUGUAUUCGUCCAGCCUCCAUCUACAGUCCCUAUACACUAAAUACCCCCCACACACAUCACGAUGGCUGCCGCUUCACCGCUCCCCACUGAGCAGCUGCAGAAGAUUGCCAGCAGCGCCUGCGAACAGGCAAUUGGCGAGGCCGCGCUCUACGACCACUCCAAGGUCGCCGACUGGAACACCGCCAUCAUCCAAACCAUUCUCAAAUCCCUCAUCGAGGCCACAACAGUAAAGACCGAGGGCGGCGAGCCCGCCCAACCAGCAUAUAAGUACAUCGCCAACAGCACCGUCAUCCAGCACAUCGGUUCGCCGAGCGAACCGGAGAAGCACGGGCGCCGCGGCAUGCACAGCGCAGUCGGCGCGUACUGGAACAACGAGAAAGACGGGACUUACAGCUACAAGUGGGAGGCUGCGGAGAAGAAGGGCAUGGACAUUGUCAUCACAAUCACCUGGAUCGCCAUAUAGGGCGUGGCCGACCGCUACGGGAGUUUACUAAAGUUCCAGAAUGCAGUCAAGAAGAUGACGAAAGACGAUCUUGAUCUGGGUAACAGGUGGGCUACUCUACGCCGCACGGACGCUGGAUCAGUGACAUGUCCAUUGCAGCGCUUGUCGCAUCGGACAAGGGGGCUAGACCUGCUCCUGCGUGGAAGUUGGAAAGCACCUUGGUGUAGACAUGGGCUCACUCAUUUGUAAAAAGGCGUUUGGUAGCAUGUUCAUAAGCCAGCGAAUUCAUACGUCUGUUUCAGGCCGGCGUAUUCAAUGCCUCCCAAUACUCACGAGCGGGUGCAACAGGUUUCAUCCCAAGCUCUCCUCGA